AUGGCUUCGAAUAGACAAGUAGUUAGCGUAGAUCAACCAAAUGCUGAAUCUAUUCUACUCGACUGGCUAAAUGACGAAGAUUGUACCGACGAUGAAUCUCAAUCACUUGAACCAUCUCGAGCUGUGAUAGAAGAACUAUUAUCCGACUCUGAAGAUGACUGUAUACCUUCUGAUCACGACUCGGACUCAGAGUAUUCAGUUGACUCAGAUGAUGAAGAUGUGUUGACCUCAGGUGAGAGCACUAAAUAUUAUUACGGAAAAAACCGAUUCAAAUGGUCAAGCGAACCCCCGUCAAGAAACAUCCGCACACAGUCUCACAAUAUUCUUCGUUUACCUUCAAACCAAAAUGAUUUAGUUACAGAGAAUGGUCCGAUUUCUCCUUUGGAUGCAUUUCAGCUUAUUUUUGAUAAUCAAAUGAUAGAAACGAUUUUAGAGUGGACUAAUAAAAAAUUGGAAAUAGUUCGUGAGACCAUUUCACCAAAGGAGCAAUACGCUUUUAAGGAGACGAGCCAAAUAGAACUGAAAGGUUUUCUCUCUCUGCUACUAUAUAGUGCAGCAUUUAAGUCCAAUCAUGAAAGUGUAUUGUCGUUGUUUGCAACUGACGGAACAGGGAGACCUAUAUUUCGGGUUUCUAUGUCUAAAAAACGUUUCCUUAUACUACUUCUAGUUCUCAGAUUUGACAAUUUCACUGACAGAGAAGCUCGAAAAAUAAUAGAUCCAGGCUGUGCUGUUACUGAAUUUCUUGAAAUGUUCAAUAAAAACUCACAAGCAAGGUAUGUCCCAGGUGCUAAUGUUACUGUUGACGAGAUGCUGCUGGCUUUUCGUGGAAGGUGUAGGUUUAAAAUGUAUAUCCCCAGUAAGCCAGCCAAAUAUGGAGUGAAGGUACAAUGUCUAGCUGAUUCUGCAACAUUCUACGUAUAUAACACUUACAUAUAUACAGGAAAAGGAUCUGACUCUUACACAUUAUCAGAAGAAGAUAAGAAAAAGCCUGUUCCAACUCAAGCAGUACUUAGACUGUGUAAGUCAAUAUUUAACACCAACAGAAAUAUAACAACAGACAAUUGGUAUUCGUCAAUAGAACUUUCACAAAAACUUAAAAAUAAAGGAUUGACUACAGUAGGUACUUUGAAAAAAAACAAAGCUGUCAUUCCAAAAGAGUUUUUACCUGCGAAGAACAAAGAGCUGAAUAGUUCACUGUUUGGAUUUACGAAAGAUUGCACUUUAGUCCGUUUUGUGCCUAAAAAAAACAAAGCAGUAAUAUUGUACUCUACGAUGCAUCACGAUUCUAAAAUUAAUCCAGAAUCUCUAAAGCCUGAAAUUAUUGAAUAUUAUAAUGACACAAAAAGUGGCGUAGAUUCGGUGGACCAAAAAUGCUCUGUAUAUUCAUGCAGUCGACGUACACGACGUUGGCCAAUGGCAGUUUUUUUCCGCAUAUUGGACAUGAGUGCGUGGAACAGCUAUGUUAUUCACAAAAGCCAAGCAGGUAUCAGCAAAAUGACACGUCUAAAUUACAUAAAAGGAUUGGCUGAGCAACUAAAUGACAUGAAUUUGAAAUCACGGCAAUACAACGAAAGACUUCCUCGUCAGCUACGCGAGUUGAUAUCUGACAUCACAAAGGUACCUCUUGUAGAAGAACAACAAGUUUUAGAUGACAAAUUGCCUAGAAACCAAAGAAAAUACUGCCAUAUAUGUCCUAAACGCCUGAAAAGAAAGACUUCAUUUUUGUGCCAUACCUGUAUGAAGCCAGUAUGUUUGGCAUGUACGAAGAAGAUUUGCACUCAUUGUGUUGCGACAGCUAAAGAUUAA